GUUGUUCCCAAGAGGAAGCGGCAACAUCGCUCACAUCUCCAGGGAGAAGAUAAUUUCACUUACUGUCCAGCAACAGGCCUAGCUGUCGGAAACGAGCACUCGGAAUUUGCUGGCUGGGCAUUUCUAUUUCCAGGGGUGUUUUUGACAGAGGAGUUCAUUAGUGAAGAUGAAGAAUCUGAGAUAGUUGAACUGAUGGAUCAAGAUGACUGGAAACCAUCACAGUCUGGCCGAAAGAAACAGGACUAUGGACCCAAAGUGAACUUUAAGAAGCAGAGGCUGAAAGCUGGUAGCUUUAUCGGUUUGCCAAGUUUUAGUAAAAAGAUUGUGACACAAAUGAAGGACUACUCUGUGCUAAACGGUUUCUUACCUGUUGAACAAUGUAAUCUGGACUACAUGCCAGAAAGAGGUUCUGCCAUUGACCCACAUUUUGAUGACUGGUGGCUUUGGGGAGAGCGUCUAGUUAGCUUAAACUUGCUCUCAAAAACUGUGCUGUCUAUGUCUUGUGAUUCAGAGGACGGCAUCCAAUUAUUUCCGUUGUUCCGUAAAGAAAAGGGGGAAUUAAGUCCCCCUGGAUCUCUUACACAGGCAUCAGCAUGCGAAGAUUCAGGCAAACAGAGAAUUAACUGCACUUCAUCCCCAAGGCUUGUUCCAAGUAAAGAAGUGACUGUUGCCAUUCACUUACCCAGAAGGUCCCUGGUGGUACUGUACGGUGACGCACGUUACAAGUGGAAACAUGCAAUUUACCGCAAGCAUAUAGAGCAUCGCCGAAUCUGUGUCACGUUCAGGGAGCUGUCUGCAGAGUUCAGCACUGGAGGAAGGCAUGAGGAACUGGGUAAAGAACUGCUGAAAAUAGCUCUUUCAUUUAAAGGAAGACCAGUGUGAUCAACAAGAGGAAGUUGGAAGUGCAUUUUGUCAACAUAUUUGAAAAAUAAAGUACAGAAUUUUUACAACUUGAUGUGUUUCUGAAGUAUGCGUAAGGAACCAGGUAUGAACAGACGUAAGCUUAAUCAAAUGGAAGUUUAACAUAUAAGAAGGUGAAAGGAAAGGUUUGUUUCUUUGAAGACUCUCCUGGGCAAUGGUAGCUCUUAAGCAAAAGUCAAAAAUUAGCUGUGGUAUUCAUUAGCUAUAUUGUAACAAAAUGCAAAAAAGCAAAUAGCCGAUUUUAAAAUACUUCCGUGAAACCAAGAAAUAAACUUAAGAUCAUUAAACUGAUCUGAGUAAAGCACCCCUUUGCACUGCUGAUUCAACCCAAGUCCUGGAGCGGAUUCUAACCUCUCUUGGCCCGUACUCAGUUCUGUCACACUGCUUUUAGAGCUGCGCUGUGCCUCAGGGACACAACUGUCUUCUCACCCACUUCAGAUAGCUCCUUUAGAGAUCAGUCCUCCAGGGGAGGAAGGUAAACAAGCAUCUCCCCACAGAUAAUACAACACACAGAACUAAUUAAAAUAAUUAUCCUUUGCUAAAGAUUCAUGCUGUAACAGAGAGGAUUCAUCAUAGUUAUAGUGUGUGACCUAUAUCUUCCAGGAUCAAAGAGCAGUAUUUGCAGAGGGCCAGUAUAGACUCUUUUGUGGAGACAGCUCAGACAGGUCAUUUGUCAUCCCUGAACUCUGCUGCCAGCUCUCAGUAGCAAGAGUCUGAUUAUAAGAAACUGGGAGAUGGAACUGCAACUCUGAGGGCUAUCAUUUUUUUCUCGGCACCUCCAACAAUCAGGUUUGUGUCAUACCUUGUACCUAAGAGUCAAGGAGUUGGCUGUAGCAGAAGCUGCUCCGAACAAACUUCUGGGCUCUUGACAAAUAAGGUAUGCCAUGGAAAAGAUGUGAUUCUUUAAUAAACACAGUUGUGUCAUCAAAACCAUUCAACAUAGUUACACCCACAGUAAUAAAACAAUACUUAACGAUGCUGGCUGGUUUUGGUCAGUAAGAAAAGAGGGCACAUUUACUACAUGGGAUUUCAGCAUUCCUAUAUCGCUAUAACCUGUUCUAGAAGUACUUCUUGGCACACUGCACAAGUUUCAAUGUACAGUAGUGCACUCAUACUGUAGACACUGCCCUCUGCUUCAGGCAUUGCGGGGAGGGAGCUCUUCAGCCCAGUGAAACUAACAGUUACUAGAAAAGCCUUGAAUCAAUAUUUCUAAAUCAGUUUAAGUCACCAGAUACAACUACACUGCUCCAUGGUCGCACUUUACCCCAAUAUUUAACCAGAAAUGGACAGCAGCUACAUAAUAACUCCUACAGGGAUCAGCAAGGGCCACUCCCACCGGCAGACCUAAGGCUCCAGCAGCAGGCAAAGCACGCCCUCUCCGACUGAAAACCGUCACUCCAAAGAGAGCCAGUCGAAACUUGCUCGCAGCUAGUUUGCUCGCAGCUAGUAUGCUCACAAGCUUUAUGAGGAAGACUUUUCCUGCAGGCUACAGCCUCUUCUGCUCACUCCCAAAAGCAGAGCCGAGUAACCUGUGCUCUUAAAAUAAUGGUUCCCAACCUUUUCUGGUAGGCCUAGCGUCAUCUUCAUCAUACUGCUGGUCCCCAUGGGCUCAGACAGCGGGUAAGAGUGCUCUAUCCCAAGGUCAGCGUUGGGCGUCCCGAUCUUGGGUGCGUUGCUUCCAUCAGAUCUGAGCACCUUCAGCCGAGUAGGACAAGUGUUGGCAGCCGGCCAGAGCCCAAGACAAAAGCCACAUUAAGCGAGGAAAGACAGAGUGGACUUUCACAGAUGUAUUCUCUUCUUAACAGUAUUUAGCCUCUUCAGUAAUCUGCUCUUAGCUUAGCCAACUGCAUCAAUAAAGCAUUUCUUUUAGCAUUUGGCCCUUAUUUCCAAUACUCUCUUUUUCAUUUAUAUUGUGUUCUCAGUCUGUUAAGAUAUGUUCCGUGUGCAUACCCGUUCCAUUCCGCAAUGAGAGCAAAUGAUGGCUUCCUUAUGAAUCAGAGCACCACAAUAACAAGAUAAACAAUAUUAGCUCAUACUGUGCUCUGCAUUUAUUAGCUGAAUUCUUCUGCCUUGUUCAAACUAUAGUGAAAGCUGCUGUUCCAGCCAGAAAAUUUCAACUUUUCCUAGCUGGUAUCUUAAAUUGUUUUAAAAACAAAAAAAAACCCAAAACACUAGACUAAGCCCUCAGCUUUUGGCUCAUAGUAUACUUUUUCAUUUAAAAAAACAGUGUCCAAAACUUUAUAGUCACUACUCAGUCAUUAUUAUGUCUAGCUUCUGACAUUUUUCACCUAUUAAAUAGCAUCUUGGGCAUCUUCUUAAAGAGUUCAAAAUGGCAUCAAUAACACACCUAGCAGCUCUGUAUUACUUUAUAAAACUUUAUGUACAUUCUCUCCUUAAAAAGUCAGAAUUGCAGCAUUAUAGAACAUUAACAAUUGGUCUGGCUUAUCAAGUAUCACAGAAAACUGAGGAAAGUAUAAAGAGGUUUUAAUCUCAACUAAUUAGCUGUCAAAAAUAAUUUUAGCUACUAUGCUAAUAUCAUUCAUGUAAGACCAACUUCAAUGGUUUUCAUGUUAUAGUAUUUCCUAUUGCAGCUCUUUAUCACCUUAACCGUGAUUAGCACUUGUAGAACAUGUUUCAAGAAUCAGGCCUUAAUUAAAAGCAAGUGCAUCAAAUUGAUGUUUACUCAUAUGCUUUAAAAAGAGAAGGGUAAUAUCAGACCAAGCUACACAAGAAAACAAAAGAAAAAAAACACCCCACAGUUAACCCACAGAGCAUGCUGGAGGACUUGAGCUGCCUUUCAAAAAAAAUCAGUCUGAAAUCAGCAAGAAAUGUAAAACUUUGCAUGUUUAUCCACUUUCAUUCACACAGCUAGACAACAACUGAGAUUGUAUUAUUCUACAAGUAUUAUUCUACAUAAAAUAUUGUUCAUGCAUAGAUAAAAACAAGAAUAGGCAAAGUUUAAAACACAGAGGCUUUUCUUCUCCUGGCACUUAACUGAAUCAACAUCCCACUCAGUAUCGGUCACUUAACAACCCUGGGAAAGAGGCAAGCCCGAAUUGUACAUACAGGUAAGUAUUCAUAGGAAUGUUUUUCAAAUUCAAUCAGCAAAUAAUUACCGAAACCACUUUCUUGUUUAAGAAAAGGUACAGAGGAGACAGCGCGUGAGAAGAUAAUCAGAGAGCGAACAGGCUGGCGCAGUUGUGCCGGGAUCGGAAUUUGAGGUUGUGGCCCGUUGGCGGGGGUUUACAGAGGAAGCAGUCUGAAGGUAGAAAAAAAACGAGGGGUAGAAGAGAAAGCUAUAACAGCAGGGAAUCUUGAGGGCUAUUUGUUUUUUAAAAGAAGGGAAAGAACAGAAAGGAUGAUAUGAAAUCCCAAACAGGAACCGUGAGCGCAAGCCACGUGAUGCUGGCUCGCCCCGGUCACAGCAGCAGCCUGCCCACGCGGCGAGCUGCACAUGGCAACCUUCUGCCUGGCCUGGAGUCCCAAAGUCGAGAAAUGGAAGGAUUUUUAGCGCUGCGGCUGCACCCUGUCCACUAGCUUUCUAUAAACACUUCCACAUAUUUGAGCACUUACAGCACAGGCGCCCCACCCGGGGCUCUUGCACAAUAUCACUUUCAUCUGUCACGCGGCUCAGGCCCAGCUUGUCAAAUCUAACAUCUAUUCCAUCUCCUCCUGCGAUAAGCUCUCCCGUAAGUCAUAUAUCCACCGACACAACAGGGACAGGUGAGGAGAGAUAGGCCUGCCCCAGAGCUACGUUAAAAAUAGGGAGCUCGCAAAAUAAGAGCUGCCGCUACCCGCAGCCAAAGAGAGAACCCGAUACUGCUCCCGGGCGCCGUCAGCUCCUCGUGCUCGCUGUCAGGCCCAGUCUUGACUCCUGCUAACGACGGGAGGAGAGAGGAGUCACCUCGUAAAGCAAGGAGGUGCCCGGGAACGAGAAGCAGCAGGACUGGAUCACGAUGCUGGAGAGCUUCGUCCCCUCUUUAGGGAAGGCAGGCAGCAGCCGGUCGAGGAACCCUUCCAGGGCUGGAGUUGGUAGUGGGACGCUUUCUGCUAGGGAAAAGCUGCCCAAACAGAACUAGAGAAAAGGAGGACUCAAGACUCCAGAGCAAGACAGUGGCUGUUCCCUCCAGCAAGCCCAGGCUGGAGCCCAGGGCCUGGCUGAGCCCCACUGAAUAAGCAGGGAAUGGCUUUAACAAGGCAAGAACUGGCCAGGAGACUCCCAGCCCAAGGGAGCUGAAAGUUAGGGCAACACUCACCCCCUAGUACAAGCACCCCAGGCCCCAAGACGGUACAGAAAGCCAACAAACCCACGGGGACAGAGCCUAGCCAAGCCCCAGCCGGAGGGCGAGACCCUCAGGAGAAGCAUCUCCAUGCAAGCAAGGAAGGAACCGGCACAUCGGCAAACGGAGCUGCACAAAACCCCACGAGCCCAAGGAACGGCAGCGAUGUUACAGCACAGGACGCUCGCGGCCAGGCACCAGCCAACAAGCAAGGACGCGAUGCGGCACACUGCCAGGCCUUGGGACACGAGCAGCAGGGCAGAUAGAAAAGCAUCUCCAUGCUUCACUGAUGGGAAUCCUGCUGACAGCCACGGGGGUAGCGGCAGAAGCAAGGAGGAUUUUCUGGCACUGCAGCAUAGAAACAACUGUCUGCACAAGCGCAGCGUCCCUGCUCCGUUAUGGAUGAAUUCCCAUUUCCGUUGCUCACCGAUCCCACAGACAAUCUUUCUGCAACACAAGUCUGGACCCAAACAGUGGUGGAGAUGUAAACAAGAUCGAGGAAGAGAGGCAGAAGCAAGAAAAGACAGCGCUAUUCUUGGGAAAGAUGAGUAAGAGGAGUUACAGUGAGAAGGUGAUGGGUAGACUAGAAAGAUCCCCGAUGCCAGAGCCAAAGAGCAAAAAUACUCCCAUGGACUUUCGAAGGAAAGGAGAACUCAGCACCCAGAGAGACACUAUAAACAGCUGUGAACAAAAGCAGGGAGAAAAAGGGCAUGAUUAUGCAGUUUUAAGUGCAUUCCCCCUUGGGAAAACAUCUCAAGCCGUAGCCCUAACUCCUCGCUGGAGUAAGGCAAUCCCUCUCCAGUCACAGAUCUGCUGCCUUGAGACUAUCUUGCAUUUGACCCCAACAAAGCCUUACCAAGUUAGUCUAGAAAAAUCAAAGCACAGCUCCUACCGCAUUUCUCCAUUUGCUGAAGUUUAUUAUAUUUGCAGUGAAUUAAGUGAACAAUUUGGCUGUUUCCAAGUGAGCUGCAUUGUUUUCACAGCACUGCAUGUGCACUGUGAAACUUGUUUUUUUUUGUUUUUUAAACUACAAAAAACAGCUCAAUACUUUCUCUACAACUGAUUUCAAACCUCCUGGGCUCCACAGCACCCACAGGUAGUCCUAUUAUUGCUGAUGUGAUAGGAGAGUACAAAGUAUAGACAAGAGAUUCACCCUACCUGGUCUGGCUCUGGCCUCACAAUAGAGAUUUUGUUGGUAUAGAAGCCUACGUUUGUAAUACUUGGCAGAAAACUCAACUCUGAUUUUAUUAUAUAAACCUUUAAUUUUUAUUGUGGUAAAAAAGAAACAGGAGGGAGAAAGGGCAGAUUGCUGGGGCCACCAAAUGAAUUUUAUGACCACCCACUUCCUGGACAACACUCAUUUUUUGUAUACGAGCACAAGCAGUACAGACUAGGCAUUCAGCGCUCACAAACUCUUCUCUUUGCUGCAGAUUGGCCAAUAUGGUACAUGCCAGCUGAGGCAAGACCAACAGAUGACAGCCACAGACACGGCUCUAAGCAACUUGUUCAGCAAUGAUCAAACUCGCAGGUAAACAAGAGAGAUUAGAGGUGAGUUCCCAAGGCUCUCCUCAGAGGGGAACACAGGGAGAGUCUUUCCUGUGGCACUGGGAGUUACAUGCACUCUGGGAAGCUGACAUGUAAUAUACUGACAUUAGAUUUCUUAAAUCCCCGUGGAAUAAAGGACUAGGGUUAAACCGAGCAUUGCAAACAUCCUUAAUGGUUUUCGAAACCUGUAAGGCCUGAGAGUCUGUACAACUGUGAUGUUCAAGUGCAGAGCAGGGCCAAGAAAACGUGCUUACGUGUCUUUCAGUGCUACAUGUCGGAAAGCCAUACCUUUCCUUCAAAGAGCUGAUGGUUGCAAAACACUUUUCCCUCCAUAAAGUUACCAUAAAUCAUAAAGUCAUUUUUACAGAAGUUUUCACUGAAAAGGAUGCUAGUAAAAUUUACAAACUUUCCUUGCUAAGCGAUGCAGACAUGCAAGUGUCAUUUUCUCUGCUGCUGAAAAAAGCCAGCUCAAAUGCAAUGUGAUAUCUCUUUAAUGGCAUACAGCUCUCCCCCUGGCUCCAGCUCCAUCAGACUUAUCGUUACAACUCCAGGUUCCACCAGAGGAAUUGUUCGCUUUGGUGGGGGAGAAGGAAACGUUCGUUUUCUGCAGGCUAGGCUAAUGCUACAACUGACAGUCAAAACUGACAAAAUAUACAGGGUCGGGGCUUGUUUUCUCCAGCAAACCAGGCUAGCAAGAGACAUUGCAA